CGGACGGGGCUGCUGCCGGACCCCGCCCCGGAGCGCUCCUCGCGGGCGGAGGGGAGGCUCGCGAAAACAGAAAAUGCCGGUCGGGGAGGAGAGGCCUGAGGGCCGAGAACCAGAAACCCCCUGGCUCCCGGUACUGAGCGCCAGCUUGCCCGCCCGCCCGCGGUGCACGCCCCGUGCUCUCCACCGGGAGGGGAGGGUGGCCGGGCUGCCGCACGUCGGGUACACGCGACGCUGCACACGGCCACUUGGCAGCUGCUGCAGCGGGUGGUGGCCGGCCCAUAGGGGGCGCGCACAGACCCCGGCAAUGGCGCGGACGCGUGUGCGGCGGCUCACAGGCUCCUGCACACACAUGAUCACUUAGACGCACGUGCGUCCAGACACGCUAGCUGCCCCCAGUUCCCAGGAUAGAAGGGAAGCGUCCGACCCCGGAGGGGGGGGUGCGAAUUAGUUACUCGUUAGGCAGCCCCCGGGGCUAGUGACAGACCCUCAGGAGCUGGGGGGGGGGGUCCUUAGAAAAUGCUAGGUUAGGGCCCCUCUAUCCUUCACUUUACAGGUGCGUGCGCAGGGUUCGUCCCAGGGCUGGCGUUUCCCUCCUGUGCAGGACUGCCCGCCCUGUCCUUGUUUUACAAACCUGCCUAAGACCCGGCGUAAGGACUAUUUUUUUUCUUUAGAAAAGGAAAAUGUUGGCGCGAGUUGGACUCUGACUCCUGAGGCUUUUUCCAGUUAUGACUUAUUAUGAAGAAGAAACUGGACCCAGAGGCCAUAAAAGGAGUUGGUGGGACUGAGAAAAAAACAUUGGUGCCUGGUUUGGCCUCAGCCACAGGCUCAAAUGUCCCCUUGUUUAUUUGUGCUGCUGCCUGCUGUGGGGUGCCUUGGGACAAAACCUGAACCCCUGGGGUCCCUGCUGUGGGGAGGGGAUGUAGAGUAGGACAUAGUUCUGGGGGCCCAGAGCCAGAUUCUGGAGCAUAGGAGACCCCGGAUUCUGCCCGAAUGAGGAGUCUGCUGGGUUGGGGUGGCAGGUGGGGGUUCUUGUUCAAGAAGAGGGCUGACUUUAUGAGGCCUGGCUGUUGGAAUUGUUGUGGGAAGAUAGUUGUGGUGGGGGUUCUAGCCGCUAUUCACAAUAUAGGGUCAACAGAAGCAAGUACGCCAGCGACAGGCCAGGGCCAAGUGAAAGGGCAUCUCCUCGUGGUCCCUUUGUGAACUGAGGUUGGAAUCAAAUGACCCAACCCUGCUGCCUCUCCCUUACUUCUUGAUUUGGAGGAUCUUAUCCAACAUCUUUGGGCCUCAAAUUCUUUGUCUGUAAAAUGGGGACAAAAACUCCUCUAUAGGGCUAUUUUGGGGAUUGAAAGGGGUAUAAGUCUCCCAUCCUGCCUUCCCUCCUUUUUCCACUCCUCAAAGUCUCUGGUGGUUGCUCACUAGGACUCCUAACAAGUCCUAGUUUCCCAAGAGCAGGUGGGGUCCAGUGGGACGAAGGCUGGGGAGCAGCGCCCCCUGGUGGUGAUAUCGGGAGGGCUCGGUCAGUCCGUGAGGACACGCCCGGGCUAACCUGCUUGGUGCCUGAUGGCGUUUGGCAAGUUAGGGCCUCCGUGAGCUGAUCUUGGGGCUCCACGCAGGGAGGCUUUUCUUCCUUGCUUCAGUUACCACCUUAAGCAAGCAGAGAGAAUUCUGCUUUUCCACAGCAGCCUUUUUCUGCCCUCUGAUAACCCAGCUUCUCCGUUUUUAACAGGUGUGCUGUUUCUGGAUGGUGACGGUGCUAGAUGGAUAAAGGAUCGUGGUUUGGAGCGUGGCUGGGGCACAGUGGGCUGAUUUGGAUCCUGCCUCCUCCAUCCAGCUGUGUAACCAGGACGACGUUCAAAACAUUGAAUAACCGGCUCCUCUUUGCCUCAACUGCUCCAUCCUCCCUGGAAACAGGUCCCUGGGUGCAAAGAGCCUGGUGCCCUGCAAUGGCAGCAGAGCCUUGGAGUCCUUUGACCCUGAGGACUUAAACCUGACUGAUGAGGAGCUCAAGUUCAAGUACCUGGGGCCCCAGCAGAUGGAGCUGUUCCUACCCAUCUGUGUCACAUACCUGUUGAUCUUCGUGGUGGGUGCUGUGGGCAACGGGCUGACCUGCACUGUCAUCCUGCGCCACAGGGCCAUGCGCACGCCCACCAACUACUACCUCUUCAGCCUGGCCGUGUCGGACCUGCUGGUGCUGCUCGUGGGCCUGCCGCUGGAGCUCUACGAGAUGUGGCGCAACUACCCCUUCCUGCUGGGAACCGGCGGCUGCUACUUCCGCACGCUGCUCUUCGAGACGGUCUGCCUGGCCUCGGUGCUCAACGUCACUGCCCUGAGCGUGGAGCGCUACGUGGCCGUAGUGCACCCGCUGCAGGCCAGGUCCGUGGUGACGCACUCCCACGUGCGCCGCGUGCUCGGGACCAUCUGGAGCCUCGCGGUGCUCUGCUCUCUGCCCAACACCAGCCUGCAUGGCAUCCAGCAGCUGAAUAUCCCCUGCCGGGGCACAGUGCCUGGCUCGGCCGUGUGCACUUUGGUCCGCCCAAGAGCCGUCUACAAUCUGGUCGUGCAGACCACCGCGCUGCUCUUCUUCUGCCUGCCCAUGGCCACCAUCAGCGUGCUCUACCUGCUCAUCGGGCUGCGGUUGCGGCGUGAGAGGCUGCUGCAGCUCAGGCAGGAGUCCAAGGGCAGAGCCAGAACCAGGGACAGCCGCAGGCUCCAGCGGCUGCCGAAUAGGGGUCGGACACAGGUGACCAAGAUGCUGUUUGUGCUGGUCGUGGUGUUUGGGAUCUGCUGGGCCCCGUUCCACAUCGACCGCCUCAUGUGGAGCUUCGUGUCCCGCUGGACCGAGGGCCUGCACCUGGCCUUCCAGUAUGUGCACGUCGUCUCCGGCAUCUUCUUCUACCUUGGCUCGGCCGCCAAUCCCGUGCUCUACAGCCUCAUGUCCAGCCGCUUCCGCGACACCUUCUGGGAAGCCCUGCGCCUGGGGGCCUGCUACCACCGCCACAGACCCUGCCACAGCUCCCACAGCCUCAGCAGGGUGACCACAGGCAGCACCCUGUGUGACACGGGCUCCCUGGGCAACAGAGCCCACCCUCUGGCUGAGAAUGGUGGCCCAGGGGGGCAGCAAGAGACUGACCCCUUCUGAGAGGAACCUCGAGGCAGCUUCACCCCAGGGUGCCGGAGCGCCAUGCCCAGCUUUGGGGGCCACAUGUGCCUCCUCUGCAGGGAUGUCUUCAUGGCCUGUCCCCUUUGUACCUUGUCCCAUUUCAGCCUAGAAACUUGGGCCAUCACCUCAGUGACCCCUGCCCCACCCAUGUAUCAGAAGGAAUUUAAGGUCUUUAAGGGUCCGCCCUCCAGAUCCCCAGGCCCCCAGUUACAGGCCCACCCCUGUAGGGACGUCAGAGUUGGUUAACUGGGCACAGUGACUCCAUCUGGGGACUCCCCUCCCACUACAGUUUCUGAAGUGUUUCCACGCGGCCCAACCUUUCCUUGCCAUUUCUCCCUAAGCUUCUGCAGGUUCCGGCCCAUUCAGUGCCUCUCUAGCUCUUGGCCUGCACCUGGGACCCUCCUCUGCCCUGACUCUUCCCUGGCUCCCAGUCGGCUCGUUCUGCUCUGGGAUCUCCAUCUGGUAGAGGCACUAGGUGGCAGGUAUAGCAGGGAUCCAGGGGACCUGGUUCCAAUCUCAGCCCUGCUGCCAGCACCGUGCCCUGUGGCAUCAAGGAAGUCACCUCACCUUAUAAGCCUUGGUCCCUUGUUUGCAAAAUGAAAGGGGCCCUGACAUUCUACAGUGUCUUGCUUUGACACCUUAGCUGUGGUUUUCUGUGUGUGUGUGCAGAAGUCACUGCUUGUAACAAAAGAGAUACCCUCAGAUUAACAAGGUAGAAAUUUUAGGAAAUCUUUAGGUCCUCAUCAACCCCCAACCCUUACUCCCUCCCUGACACCCGCAUGCUCCCCACCCCACCCCCUCGAGAGCCACUUGUCCUAGGGCAGAGGGACUGCAUGUGAGCAGAGGUCCCUGCUUGCCUCUGGACUCAUCUCCUCACAGGCUGGCUUGGGGGUCUGAGGUGAGCAGAGCAUUGGGACUGACUGGCCAGAGACUCUCUGGGGGCAAGAGACAUGGGCAAACCAAGGGCAAAGAGUGACCCUGUGAGGACUGCUUGGGGCUCAGUGAGGUGAAAAGAGAGACUGGACAAGUAUGUCCUGAAACAAAGCCCCAUCCCCAGUCCCCGUGGGCGACUUGGUGCUCAGUCAGGACUCAGUUAAUGGCCGGAACUUGUCUUGCUGCAGUCCCUGGAUGCCGUCCUCCUCCCGAGAGGAGACUGCAGUACAAGGAACCCUGGCCUCCCUGGAGGGGAGCUGCGGGGUACCCAGGGUGCUAUGGGGCCUGCGGGCCGAGUCCUCCCUGCAGACUCUCCCCUGCUCAGGUCUCAGGUUCCCUGCCUGAAAAGUGGAGGAAAUUGUACAGGGUUGCGUGUAAUGUUCUGGAGUUUUUG